UAAAUCAUAUAACGUGGAAUGACUGCUUUAGCUAAAGUAUAUGUAAUUUAUAAACAACCUCGAAGCUCAUGGUACAUCUGUUAAAUUUUGUAUUUCAAAGUGAAUUCCCUUAAGGAGAUAAUGAAAGGGAUUUUUACUCCCGGAAGCAGAAUAGUGCGCUUUAAAGGAGAACCUAACAAGUCGCGCAAGUGCUGUUGACAUAUCUCAAAACAAUUAUUUAUAAGUGACAGCACGCUAGAAUAACAAUAAACACUAUUAAUACUUCUACAUUGAGUUGUGACAGUACUUGUCAAGGUCUCUGAUAGAGUAAGACUUCUAUGCUUCUGCGAGACUGGUUGAACAUCUGCAGACGGAUCACACCCAGCGGCAUGUUUGCAACACGAAGAAGCUUCAGUCUUCUGUGCAGAGGAUCAGCUGCUUCAACAUGGAGAAAUAAAAGUCAAAGUGCUGCGAAGAGGCUGGAUAUAAGGGGGAUUUAUCCUCCCAUUGCCACUCCAUUCACUCAGAGUGAAGAUGUGGAUUACCAAAGACUUGAUGACAAUCUUAAGAAGUACGGCAACUUACCUUUCAGAGGUCUGGUUGUGCAGGGCUCUAAUGGGGAAUAUCCAUACCUGACACCGGAGGAGAGGGUUGAGGUGGUGAAGAGAGUCAAACAGGCGCUGCCAAAAGACAAGUUACUCAUGGCUGGAUCUGGCUGUGAAUCCACCAGAGCCACGAUCCAAAUGAGCCAGCAAAUGGCAGAUGCCGGGGCUGACUGUUUGUUAGUGGUAACACCUUGCUUUUACCGCGGUCGAAUGGAUAGCCGAGCUCUUAUAAACCACUACGCUAAGGUGGCAGAUUCCAGUUCAGUGCCAGUUGUGUUGUACAGCGUGCCAGCAAACACGGGUCUCGACCUGCCUGUGGAUGCAAUAAUCCAACUUUCCCAGCAUCCAAAUAUUGUCGGCCUCAAAGACAGUGGUGGAGAUAUCUCCAGAAUAGCUCUGAUUGUGCAGAAAACCAGAUCGCAGGGUUUCCAGGUUCUUGCAGGAUCUGCUGGUUUCCUCGUGGCUGCAUAUGCUGUCGGGGCCGUGGGAGGCGUGUGUGCUCUCGCAAAUGUCCUGGGUCAGCAGGUGUGUGAUCUAGCGCAGCUGUGUGUUUCAGGACGCUGGGAUGAGGCCAGAGAGCUCCAAUAUCGCCUCAUCGAACCCAACACAGCAGUAACGCGGCAGUAUGGCGUUCCCGCUUUGAAACAAGCAAUGGAGUGGUUUGGAUAUCACGGCGGUGUGUGCCGGUCCCCGCUGCAGCCUUUAUCAAAGGCAGAUUUAGAGCAGCUUCAAGUCAAAUUCUCCUCCAAUGGUUGGCUGUAGAAGCAGGAAGGCCAACGGAAUCAAAGGGUUACAGUACUCAGGUGUUCUAAAACAGAAUGUUUAAUUAUUCUUUUUGUGUUAUCAUUAAUUCAAGCUGACUUUAUAAAGAGAUUUUCAUCAUAACGUUGCAUUAAAAUAUAAUUUGCAAGCUACAUCUUAUUCUUGUUUUG